AUGAAUGUCCGAGAAAAAAAUGAAAUAAAUAAAAAGACAUCCUUUGCCAAUGAAACUACACAACUAACUGCAAUAACUGAUCUAAAAUCAUUUGACUCAUCGAAAAAAAGGAAACAACUCAAACUCAUUGAAAAUAAACAAGUUAGAGCUGUACCAGAUGGUUAUUACACUGGUUUAAUCAAUGAUAUGCAUAAAGAUUAUAUAAAUUUUAAAGACAAAGGAACAUUUCUUCAAAUGGAACAAAUUAGACAAGCAUCUCAAUUGAACGAUCAUUCUAAUGAAGAAAUUCGUUUCGAAGAAAGAAAACUAGGAAAAGUGAAAACACCAAUAAGUUUAAAUGCUUCAUCGAUUCAAUGUACUCUUCCAUCAGAUUAUGAUCAAUUAGAAAAUCUUUCACCAUUAUCUUUUCUAACUAAAUAUACGAAAGCAUCAAUUAAUCGUCAACAAAUUAUUUUUAAAUUAAUACGAAAAAUUCAACGUGAUACAGUAAUAGAUAUUGAAGAUGCAAAAGAUAUUGUUUUUGAAUAUUUUAAUCAUUAUAAAACAUUUGAUGAUAUUAACGAACUUUUUACUUUUCUUGAUAUUAAUUCAUUGAAUACAUUACAAUCAAAUGAAGUAGUUCUCAUUUGUUGUUAUGCUGAACGUUAUUUUCUUCAUAAAUUAACUAAAAAUGAAAAUAUGUUAUUUCAACGACCAUUACAAGAAAUUAUUGAUUUUGAAUUUUUAAAACGAAAAUUAGAUAGAUUAAAACUAACUGAUAGUUUACAACGAUUCAUUAAGACAUUAGAAACAUCCACGAUUGAUGAAUCUAUUUUGAAAUUAUAA